UUUUGAUAGACGUACGAAUCUAAAUAUUAAAAAAUGGCAGAUGAGGAGCUUGAAGAAGAAGAAAAUGUCGGAGAAGGAGGAGAAGGUAAGGAAAUAUAUCCCUACGGAGAGUACGAAGGAGGAAGGGACGAUCAAUUAGAUAGACAUGGGUUCGGAAGUGCUUUGCUUCCAAAUGGUGACAUUUAUGAAGGAGAAUAUUAUCACGGAAAACGGCAUGGGCGUGGAAUGUACUGUUUUAAAAAUGGCUCUAGAUAUAGUGGAAUGUGGAAGAAAGGGCUUAAACAUGGAAAAGGAGAAUUUUUAUAUCCUGAUGGUACAAAAUAUAUAGGGGAUUGGAGGAAAGAUUUUAAACACGGUUAUGGAACCUACUAUUAUGUCAACGGAGACACUUACGAAGGCUGUUGGUAUCAAGGUCUACGUCAUGGAUUGGGGACUUAUACAUUUAAAUCGUCCAAUGUUACACAUUAUGGAACUUGGAAAGAAGGAAGAAUGGAAGGUCCGGGAAUAAUUAAUUAUCCACAGUACAGAUUUCAUGGCUCCUUUGAAAAAAAUCUUCCUAAAGGUCCAGGUUGCUUUACUUUUGAUGCCAAAUAUAUGCAGCAUGGUUUCUACGUCAACGUUCGUGACCCCAAAUUUGAUUAUGUAGGAUCCGAGGAACUACAGCUAUCCAAUAAUGAAGACGAUAAUGAAUAUCGCGGAAAUCCAAAAGGAAUCGUUCCAAUCUGGCGUGCAAGAACUGUAACAGAAUAUAAAUCUGAACUACUGCCCCCCGAACCUACUCCAAUUCACGUUAAGGAAGAAGAAGAUUCACUUAUCGAUAUAAUCGAUUACCUUCAAAAGUACGAAGAAGUUGGUUACAAGGGUGAAGAAGAAGAAGAAUACGGAGCAGUGCCGUCUCCUGUAACUCAAGAUGUGGUAGAGAAUAGUCCAGAUACGGAGUUAUUGAACGUUUGAGUAUUGUUAUUUUUUUAUAUUAUUAAUCACUGUUUAAGGAACUACACAUAAUUAAACUAUUAA